CUUCUCCUUCCCUUUUGUUUCCUGUUUUUCUGGACUGUCCUUUCUGAUUCCUCUUCCCUCUCUGACAGUAAAAUCGUAACUUGUCAGUACAAAUGGAAGUGAUUAUGCCAUCGCCGGGGGAAUUUAAUUUCAUCAGUGCACCUUCUAGUCCUAAGGGUUUUGGGACUUUCUUUUACAGCGCCGCCGAAGUUGGAGCCGGCGGUAGAGCUCCGUUCGAUUGGGAAGAGGAGGCCGGUGUUCGGAAUCCCAAAGACGAUUGCAGCGAUGAUUUUGCUUUUGAUUUUAGCGGGCAGUUGGAGAUGACCCACAUCUCUGCCGCCGAUGAACUCUUCGACGGCGGAAAGAUCAAGCCUUUGAAACCGCCGCCGGGGGUUCUGUACGACGGGAAGGAGAAAGGGUCCCCAAAAUCUCCGCGAUCGCCGAAGCGGAGGGUAAAGGACGCGUUUUCUCCCCGUCACCGGAGGAAAGAUCCCGAGCCUUUCUCCGCCGCUCUGGAACAGAGCAGGAAAGAUAACGACGGCGACGACCCAUCAAUCCAACGGCGAGGAAGAGAAAGACAGGGUAAUCCGACAGCCGCCGGUUGGAAAUCUCGGCGAAAAAAGACAAGAUCUUUGUCCCCAUUUCGCGCAACGAAUUUGUUAAUCGACAGAGAUGAAACAAAUGAAAGGGACAACAACAACCCCUGUUCACCGUCGCCGUCGUCGAUUGCGACGUGGUACAGAAAAUGGAAGCUGAAGGAUCUUUUACUGUUCCGGAGCGCGUCGGAGGGGCGGGCGAGCAGCAAAGAGAUGAACAUGAUGGUGGCGGCCAGAUACGCAAUGCUAAAGAAGAGCCAUCAGGAAGAUGUGAAGAACUCGAGUUUCCGGUCGACGGAGAGCGUGGGGUCGUCGUCGUCGCGGCGGAGGGGGGCGGUGUCGGCUCAUGAGCUGCACUACACGAUGAACCGGGCGGCGUCGGAGGAGAUGAAAAGGAAGACAUACUUGCCGUACAAGCAAGGACUCUUGGGAUGCUUGGGCUUCCACCCGGCGGCGGCGGUGUCUGAUUUUUCUAGGGGUCUUGCUUCCAUGUCCAUGCCACGAAGUCGUUAGCAAUCAUCUUUCAGAAUUUUCAGAAUUUAUUUAUUUUAAUUUGUACUCCUAAGUGAAAUUACAAUAUUUUUAAAAUUACAAUAUUUUUAGAAUUACAAUAUUUUUAGAAUUUUCAGAAUUACAAUAUUUUUAGAAUUUUCAGAAUAUUACUUGUAAAGUUUUCCUUAUGAUUAUGAUUAUUAGGUAGUAAAGUUCAUCCAUGAAUUUUGUAAUGUUCUUCCAUCCGGCCAAAUCCGUUUGAGGGUGUUUCGAGUCAUUU